AUGAAUCCACACAUCUCCGUACCACGACAACACAGCACCCCCAGCUUCGGAGGCAGUUCUGGCGCUGGCUCGGCCGGACGAGGGAAUUCAAGUAUCAAGAUGCCGAGGUUUUUUAAGAGGCUAUUCAAGUUCCCGCAGAUGGACUUUGAGAUGGCCAUCUGGGAAAUGACAUCGCUAUUGAUUGCGCCCAAGAAAGUUUUUAAAUCUAUGUACUAUCAUGUAAAAACAAAAAACACCUGGCACCGACCCGACCCUUCAUUCACCUACCUCCUUUCCUUCUUCCUCCUCCUAACCGCCCUAGCCUGGGGCCUCGCCUACUCUCCCAGCUUUGGAUCCAUAUUCCGUCUCUCGAUCUUGUUCGUGUUUGUCCACUUUAUCGGCACAUCACUGUUCAUUUCGACAAUCGCAUACUUCAUUGUUGGCCGCAUAUUCGGCCCCAACGGAGCAGCGGCGAGUUUGACAGGUUUGUCGCGAGGGUCGAGGAUGCCGAGACGUGGUGCUGCGCAGGGACUGUUUGCGCAGCCAGGUGAGAAGGAGCACAUUGAGUUUGGGUAUUGUUUCGAUGUCUCCAAUCGAGCCUUCUUUCCCCUCUACCUACACCUCUACGUCAUUCAAUUUCUCCUUCUCCCACUCUUGACUCGCAAUCCGCCAAACUUCCUCACCACUUUUCUCGGAAACACACUUUACCUCUCCGCACUCCUAUACUAUACAUAUAUCACGUUCCUCGGCUACAAUGCUUUACCGUUCUUACAUAACACGGAAUUGCUAUUGUUGCCAAUCUUGGUGUUGUCGAUACUCUGGUUGGUGAGUUUGAUUGCGGGUUGGAAUGUUAUUACGCAGGGUCGAGGGGUUGAGGGGUUGUUUUGGGGGGUUUGA